AUGUUCCCGACGAGCACCCAGAAGACCGAAUGGACCUUCGACAACACCGAUGCGUUGACGGCCAAGAGAAAUGAGGCCAGCGAAAACUACAAAAACGUCUACAGAGAAGUGAUCAAUCCGGGCGAAGAUGAGCGUUUUCUUUCGCCGCAAGACGAGUCAACGAUGCGAGCCAUUGUACAAGAGGCAGCGUUGAAAUUUGGCGACGAUUUUCAGCCCCAUCUCUUCCCCUCCGUUCGCUACACGGCUUUCUGCUACUUCAAACGUUUUUUCCUCAAGCACACCGUGAUGGAGUACAGCCCGAAAAUGGUGAUGAUGGCCUGCUACUACUUGGCGACGAAAAUUGACGAGUUCUACGUGCCAAUACACGAGUUUGUCGCCAAUUUGAAGUCAGGUAACACUGAGACGAACACAAGCCACAUCUUAAAGCUGGAGCCGGAGAUUUUGAAAGUGAUGGACUACUCACUGAUCGUGUACACGCCAUAUCGAACAAUUGAGGGGAUAUUCGUGGAAAUGAAGCAACGAAUGGCUCUGCUCAACUUUGACAUUGAGAGUUUAAGACCGACGCUGAUCGAGUUCAUCACGAAAUCGUUACUCAGCGACGUGAUGCUGAUCUUCUCGCCCAACUACAUUGCAUUAGCCGCGUUGAAAUAUGGUCUCGACGCUCAGGACAGAGCGGUUGAAUUGGUCAACGAGUUCCUUCGGCGUAUGCUGGGUGUCGACGAGUCACAAAUGAGUGAAAAAGAUAAUACCUUGGUAAAGAACAUUGACGCGCAAUUGGAUCAAAUCAUCGCGAUGGUUGAGGAAAGUGCCCGGCCGGUGGAUGCGGAUAUGAGGAAAUCGUGCAUGGAAAGGUGUACAAAUGUCUCCAUUCUGUUGUCGGUUCUCGAGGAACGUCGUCGCCUUCUCCCGUCAAACAAAAACGGGGCGAACAAAUUCGAUUCGGACGAAGAU